UUUUAAUAUGGCGAAACCCGUCCAACGUGGGUACUAAAGUCAGGUUUUUGAAAGUUUAAAUACAGUGAUAAAAUGACUGAAUUAACACAUGCUCAGUAUGAGUCCAGUGACGAUGAACUCCCAGAGGAGGUCGCCUUUGACGACUCCAAAACUGCUGCGUUGAAGAGUGUAAAAGACGCGCUAGAGUCAGCCAAAAGAGAAAAGAACCUAUUGAAAGAGAAGCGAAGGAAAAGACAGCUGCUUUUCCAAGAGCAAAAGAAGAGAAAGUGUCUUCCUGAAGACCUCUUGGAAGAAUUUGAUGCCUUGCCUCAGAAAAGGCCCAAGACAUCAGACAGCAACAAAGAUGAGGAUACAGAGGAUGUGAUUAAGUCCAAGACGGUCUCCAAAAGUUUACAGGACAGCUACAGUGUAGUCAGGCUGAAGGAUGGGUCAGCUGCCAAAACAAUGCAACAAAGUGCCAUGGAUUUCAUUCAGUCACGUCUUUACGGGCCAGGAACCAAAAGAACCACCAAUGCAGCACGUCUAUCACUCCAAAAGAAAAGGGGCUUAAACCAAGGUGCAGCUGUAGAGUUUGCCAAUAAGGAAUGGGGCGCUGACCAUAAAGUGAAGGCUGAAAAGUCAAACAAGAGAUUUAUACAAAAACAGAAACUGGUUCCUUCCUGAGUCCUAAAACAGCAGAAAGAACUGGUGGAUUAUGAGUGCAACAUUCAGGAACUGCUUCACCUGAGGAUCAAGUAUGGAGACCACCUCAAACGUACAGCUGCUGUUGACCAUGAAUCACAUUUUUAACGAGGACACAUAUUUCAAAUGGUUAUUAAAGGGAUUGUUCACUCCAAAAUAAACAUCAUCAUUGACUCACGUUCAUGCAUCCCAGAUGUGAAUGACUUUCUUCAGCAGAAGACAAAUUAAGAUUUUUAGAAGAACAUCUCAGCUCUGUAGGUCUUCUGAAUGCAAUUUAAUGGUGGCCAGAUUUUUGAAGCUUCAAAAAUUACAUGGGAACAUAAAAGUUGUCCAUAUGACUUAAGUAGUUUAAUGUAUGUCUUCUGAAGUGAUUCAAUCACUUUGGGUGAGGAACAGAUCAAUAUUUAAAAAAAAACAUUUUACUAUUAAAAAAAUAUAUAUAUACACACACUAGUAAAAAAUUACUUAACUAUUGAUUUGUUUCUCAACCACACCCAUAAUAGUUUCUGAAGACAGAUUUUACCACUGGAGACAUUUGGAUUACUUUAUUGCUGCCUUUGUGAUUUUUAAAGCUUGAAAGUUCUGGUCACCAUUCACUUGCAUUAUAUGAACCUACAGAGCAGAGAUAUUUUUCUAAAAACCGUUGUUUGUGUUCAGCGGAAGAAAAUCAUACACAUCUUAGCAUGAUGGGGAGUAAAUGAUGAGAGAAUUACAAUUUUUGGUUGAACGAUCCCUUUAAACCUCAUAUAGUUAAUAUGCAUAACAUGUAUAAAUAAUCAGACAUACUUUUGAGUAAUUUGUUGUGCAUCAAAUAAGGUUCAUGUGAUGAAUCUUUGCUCAUUUAAAAUGGACAAUAUCUUGACCCUUGUGUACAAAUUGAAAUUCAAAACAUGGAGCUUCUCUUUUUGGGAGUGGCACAUGCUGAAUGUGAAUUUUCUUCAUAUUUGGAUAUUUACGGUAAACUUUAAUAAAUGUAAGCCUUCGUAAGGAAUGACAAUUCUGGGAUCUGCAUUUUUCUAGUCAAUGUAAAGUCUACAAGACAAUACGCAUGAAGACACUUUUGGAUAUGAUUAACACUGGCAUUUUUAAGGAGAUCUUAUGUACAUAUGGUGUAAUUAUAUACUUAGUUACUAACUCGUUUUACCACCAAUGAUGUUGUGCAACAGCCAAAUAUACAUUAGUGUGUGUGAAAACAGACCUGCUAUUUUUGUUCAACUGGGUAUUUGUUUUAUUACUAAAAAUGAUAAGACAGUGUUGAUGACAAUACUGUACCCUUUCUCCUUGUUUUAAAAGUACUGAUGGUCUGAGGUCUGCUUGACUGGUAAAUGGGAGAAUAAACAAUGGAGCAGGCUUGCCUCUCUAGGACCGGAUAUGACCUUAUUUUACUAUGUUCCUCUCACACAUCCAAACUGCACAAAAAAAGUGCAGGCAAUGAGUGAUGAGAGAACACCUGAAAACAGACUUUAAAAAGAUGGAAUAAGGGAUCAGGGUGGAUGAAGACCAUAGACAUCAACACAAUUACAAAUUAAAAAAGUGUCCGAACAUUGCAUCAAUCCUGAUG